AUGCCCAACCCCAAUGGCUGUCGCGUGUUCCUGCUGCUAAUACCACCGCUGUUCUCUCUCUUCCCAGUAGCCGCCAUAACACUCAUUCUCGAACGCAUAUCGUCGAACCUUCUCCGCGAUCAAACCACACGCAACUUACGCGACGGUGCCUAUGAACUACAUCUCAACAGACCCACAAGCACAGGCUCGAACAACACGAGUAUUGACGUGACCCUGCUCACAAAACAAGCGCCCACGUUUGCUUUACUCAGCGUCUGCACGUUAGCAUACGUUGCCAGCGCGCUUGGAGUACUUGGCAUAUGGGACUUGAAAAGGGUUGAAGGAACAAUGCAACACCAGAGAGCGUGGAGCUGGACCGUUAUAACGAGCAACCUGGUUAUGUUUGGAGCAAGUCUGGGCGUGUUUGGGUAUCUGUCCUCGGUGCAGAACAGUGAGAAAGACUGGAAAAGCUACGAGGAUGCUGCACAAGACGGACAGAGGCUCACGGAAGAGACAUGGUCAUGUCAGAUCAAUAAGUUCUUUCCAGACGAGAGCUGGGCUGGAAAUGCCUGCACUACUGCAAAAGCGACUAGAUUUUGCCUGAUCGGGAUAGCGAUAUCCUCAUUGCUAGUCAUAGUCAGCGCAUCCAUACUCAUACGAAGUCGAGGCGGCAUCAAAUGGCUGCUUGGAGGCAAAGGACGAUACGCCGGGUUCGAAAGCGUUUACGAGCUGCGACCAACGGGAUAUCAAACGCCGUACAUUGUUCAGUAUGCACCGCAGCCGAUAUUACAGCCAGGAUAUCAGGCCGCUUACACGAACGCUACCGCAAACCAACAGAUGAAUUCUAGAUGA